CGAUGAUCACACUCUUUGUGGCUCUUUACUCUCUGCUUUGUCUCUGCACAACUGUAAAAACAUCAAACGUCAAGGAGCUUCAUGUGAAAACAGUUAAGCAUGGAGAAUUUGUAACUAUGGAGUGUAACAUCAGCAGGGACAGACACCACAAUAAUGUAUUUUGGUACAAACAGAGUUUUGGAGAAUUGCCUCAGUUUCUGGUGAGACCGUUCAGUAACAAUCUGGGCUACACAUUUUUUGAGGGAUUUAAUGAUAACCGCUUCAGUGUUACUGUAAAUGACCAAAAGUUUGAUCUCAACAUUAAUGAAACAAGAGAAGAUGAUGGAGGAGAAUAUUUCUGUGGAUAUGUGGUGGGAAGUACAGUAAAGUUCACAUCUGGAACACGUCUGCAGUUUGAAGGUGAAGAGAUGAAACCCUGUCCUACACCUGGAACACUUAACAAGAACACACACUCUGUUACACACCAGGGUUCAAACAGCAGAGAUGGGGAGGGUGAAGAGAUAAAACCCUGUUUUACACCUGGAACACACGACAUCACAUCUCCUGCUAUAGAUGGUGGAAACGGAGAUAUGAAUCUGAUUAUUGCCUUAAUUGCCACCAAUAUAAUAUCUGUUAUUGUAAUUGUGGCUCUGAUUGGAGUUUUAUUUAAACAACGAGGAAAAGGUUCUUCAUCAAACAACCAUCAAACUCCCACCAAUCAGGCUGAUGAUGAAGAUGUGUUAAUCUAUGCAGCUGUGAAUUCCUCCAGAACAUCCAGAGACACGAGCGAUCAAGACGUUUAUACACAAGUUAUAUAUCUAUACAAUAGAUAAAAGAGAAAAAAAGUCAGAAUUGGAAAACAACAAUCAUUCACCCAGUUUGUACAGAGAUAUGUUAUUCAGACAAAAACUUGUUUUUUUAAUUUCAGAAAGUUUCAUGAUUAUUUCCAAACUGUUUUAAUUUUAUUAUUUUGUCUUACCUGAUAACUCUUUUUUUUUGUUUACUUUGUUUACUUUGAUUACUUUGUUCUCAACGUCCCAAGAG